GGGUUUGUGCAUUGCACUAAACACUAGUUUAUUGAUAGAUUCGGGGGAUAAUUUAGAGGACACUGUAGUGGAGCAGAGGAUUUGGGGUGCCCGCAUUGAAAUUGAACACAGAGAGAGAGAGAGAGAGAGGGGGGGGAAAAUGGAGGGGGAGGUUGGGUUUUUAGGGUUGGGAAUAAUGGGCAAGGCCAUGUCUAUGAACUUGCUUCGCCAUGGCUUUAAGGUCACUGUGUGGAACCGCACUCUUUCUAGGUGUGAUGAGCUGGUGGAGCAUGGGGCAUCAGUGGCAGAAACCCCUGCAGCAGUAGUCAAGAAGUGCAAGUACACAAUUGCGAUGUUGUCUGAUCCUUCUGCAGCUCUUUCGGUUGUUUUCGACAAAGACGGCGCUCUGGAGCAAAUUUGCCCUGGAAAAGGGUACAUUGACAUGUCAACUGUCGACUCUGACACUUCUACGAAAAUUAGUGAGGCAAUUACAUCAAAGGGUGGUUAUUUCCUUGAAGCUCCAGUUUCAGGUAGCAAAAAGCCUGCUGAAGAUGGUCAACUAGUAAUCCUCGCUGCAGGAGAGAAGACCUUGUACGAGGAAGCACUUCCUGCUUUCGAUGUCAUGGGGAAGAAAUCUUUUUUCUUGGGGAAGGUCGGAAAUGGAGCAAAAAUGAAACUUGUGGUCAACAUGAUUAUGGGGAGUAUGAUGAAUGCAUUUUCUGAAGGACUCAUACUGGCUGACAAAAGUGGACUUAGCUCCCAAACUCUUCUUGAUGUGUUGGAUCUGGGUGCAAUUUCGAACCCCAUGUUCAAAAUGAAAGGACCUACUAUGAUCCAGAAGAAUUACUCGCCUGCAUUUCCUCUGAAACAUCAGCAGAAGGAUAUGAGAUUGGCUCUUGCUCUUGGUGAUGAAAACUCAGUGUCAAUGCCAGUGGCAGCUGCUUCCAAUGAGGCAUUCAAGAAAGCCAGAAGCAUGGGUUUGGGAGAUCUCGAUUUUUCAGCUGUGUUUGAGGCUGUGAAGUUUCCUGAAGGUUCAUCCUGAUAUGAAUGCAUUCACACGAGCCCUGAAGUACAUUGGCUGCGAUAGGAAACUCUUCGACUGCUAUGGAUCAAAACGGAAAAAUUUGACGCAGUACUUCAUUAGUGAUGUCAUUCAGAUUGUCUAAUUAAGUGAAUUUCAUUUUCCGAAAUCCCGUUAGGGCGUCGUCGUGAACUUGUGAAGGUGACAAUACAGUGAAGAAAGGUGAUAAGAAGCAAGAAGGUGUGGACAUGCUUUUUUCCCUUUA